GGUGUGCGAGGUGGUUCAAUACAUACUGAUCAUGGAACAGAGGAAGGUGCCAGUCAAACGGAAAGACAUCAUCAAGAACGUGCUGAAGGAGUACAGGUCCCGCUACUGUGAGAUCAUGAAGAGAGCUGGGCGCGUUUUUAGCCAGGUAUUUGGGAUGGAGUUAGUGGAGAUCGACACUAAGACCCACGCCUACAUCCUCAUAAACAAGCUGGAGCGAGUGCAGGGUGACUGCAUGAACUGGGGAGACGCCACGCCGAAGAUGGGGCUGCUGUUGGUCAUCCUCUCCGUCAUCUUCAUGAAGGGCAACUCGGUGAAGGACUCUCUCCUGUGGCAUACGCUGAAAAAGUUACGGGUGGAUCCCAGUGAGAGACAUGAGGAAUUUGGGGAUGUGAAGAAGCUGAUUACUGAGGAAUUUGUCAAACAGAAGUACCUGGACUACAGCCGGGUUCCCCACACGGACCCCGUGGAGUUCGAGUUCCGAUGGGGGCCUCGAGCAGCCCGGGAAACCUCGAAAAUGAAGGUGCUGGAUUUUGUGGCCAAGAUGCAUGGCGAGCAGGACCCCAAGACCUGGGUGGCCCAGUAUAAGGAAGCCCAGCUGGAAGCCGCCGCCUCCCAGCAGACGUGAGGGUCCCCCCCGGAGAAGGGAGAGAGGCAACCGCAGUCCGCCAGUGGAUCUCCGCCGAACCUGCGCUUCAACCCACUCCACCCCACCCACGUCCUGUCCUCCCUUUCCCACCCUGCCCGCCAUUAAUUCCCCAUCGACCCCAUGAGAGCAGUGAACCCUUUUGCCUUCUGUCCGAAUUGCAAAGGGUCUUCGACCCGCCAAGAAAGAGGUCGCUCCUGUGGUCCAUCGACUGAGGAUUCCCGGCGCCAGGACUGAACCAGCGGUGAGAGAUCUUCUCGACUUGUGUCGUGGUCCUUUUAUCCGGCACGUUUAAAAUAAAAAUCCUCUCUUUCUCUUUCUAA